CAAAGAGGAGAGAGAGAAACGUUAAAGAGAGGGAUAAAGAGAGAAAGUUGAAUUUGAGCUCCAAAAAGACUCAUACCGCUUCUUCACUCCGAUUCGACGAGAGAGAGAGAGACGACAGAAACGGAAACAGAAAACUUAUAAACUUUUAUUUCUUUCUUCUUUCGUUAAUCCAAUCAAAUUCAAUCCUGAUUGAAGAUGGUGGAAGAUCGGACGUAUCUGUUAGCGAGGGUUUUCUCAUCUUCUCGUCUCUCAGAAUCCAAGUGGCUUUACAUGCAUCCAUCUGAGGAAGAAGAUUCCUCUGCCUCUAACCUCAGAAACGCCAAAAGAGCUUUCGAUGAUGAUGAUGAGCUCAGACAAAGCAAAUCUCUCAAACUCACGAGAUUCUCAAUUCACCAACAACAACAUGGCGAUGGCGAUUCACUAAUCAACGACAUCGGCAGAGACAACUCGAUAAGCUGUCUGCUCCGUUGCUCCCGGUCCGAUUACCCCUCAAUCGCCUCCCUAAACCGGAGUUUCCGGUCUCUGGUUAACUCCGGAGACAUAUACCGACUCAGGAGACAGAACAUGAUAGUCGAGCACUGGGUUUACUUCUCCUGCCAGCUCUUGGAGUGGGUCGCUUUCGACCCCGUCGAAAGACGUUGGAUGAACCUGCCGACGAUGCCUUCGGGUGUCACUUUCAUGUGUGCGGACAAAGAGUCUCUCGCUGUCGGAACAGAUUUGCUCGUCUUAGGCAAAGAUGACGACUCUUCCCACGUUGUGUAUAGAUACAGUCUCUUGACUAACUCUUGGUCUCCCGGUGAGAGGAUGAACUCUCCGAGGUGUUUGUUUGGCUCGGCGAGUUUAGGAGAGAUCGCUAUCUUCGCUGGUGGGUGUGACUCUUUAGGAAAGAUCAGUGACGUUGCGGAGAUGUAUAACUCCGAGCUUCAGUCGUGGACUACGCUUCCCAACAUGAACAAGCCGAGGAAGAUGUGUUCCGGUGUCUUCAUGGAUGGGAAGUUCUAUGUGAUUGGAGGGGUCGGCGGCGGUGAGGAGUACGAUUUAGCGACCAAGAAAUGGACUGAGAUUCCGGAGAUGUCGCCUCCGAGGAGCAGGGAGACUCCAGCGUCAGCAGAAGCGCCGCCGCUUGUUGCUGUUGUGAACAACCAGCUGUACGCGGCGGAUCAUGCUGGUAUGGAAGUGAGGAAGUAUGAUAAAGAGAGUAAGAGAUGGUUUACGUUAGGGAGGUUGCCUGAGAGAGCUGGUUCGGUUAACGGUUGGGGUUUAGCGUUUAGAGCUUGCGGCGAGAGGUUGAUAGUGAUUGGUGGACCUAGGAGUUCAGGUGGAGGGUUCAUUGAGCUGAACUCUUGGGUUCCAAGUAACGAUAGAAGCCCUCCUGUGUGGACAUUGCUUGAUAGGAAACAUUCAUCGAAUUUUGUUUACAAUUGUGCAGUGAUGGGUUGCUGACAAAGUUGAGAUUUUUUUUUUUUGGUUUUGCAAAGUGGAAUCAAGAUUCUUGGCUGCUUAGGGAGGUUGGAAGUUGCAGUCUUUUCUUAUUCAUAUAAAAGAUUUAAUUCAAGUUCAAUACAAGUGUCUUGGUGGUUUUACAAUAACUUGGUGGAGAAGGUUCAGAAUCUUAGAGUCUUUCAGUUUUGUUCAUGUUGUUUAAUUUGUGUUUCUAAAUACAGUGUAUUUUUUUUCUCGAAAUAUUUAUUACACAACAUUCAUUUUUCGGCGAAA